GCAAGACGCUCAGCGGUGGCGACGGCGGCAAGAGGGCGCAACGAGUCGGUGCGGAAAUAGCUACCGAUCGUAAUUUUAGUGAAAUCAGGGCAACGCGGCCGCGGACAGAAAUAGAGACUAUGGGCGGCGCACGCGUCUUCGCGCUGUCAAUUUCGUCCGGAUAGGGCGCACGAUUAGCACUGCCGUGGACCGUGGCGGAGCGCCCGCUCGGGACCGGAGCCCCCGCCUUCGCGAGUGUUCCUCCAGACCUCUGUUGUUGCGUAAUUUUAUGGAUCCUAUUAUUGUGUUAAUUACUACUCAUAUGAUGUAUUGUUUGUGCCAAAUUGAAAGUGCAUACCACAGUAUUUCACAAGUGGAACACCGCUAGAGGACUCGACGUAUAAAUACAAGAUGUUGAAAGGGCGAGGCCGGGACCCCAGAGCUGCGGUGCCUCCCACGCCGACGAUGUCGAUCCGCUCGGUGGGUCGGCCGCCACUGGCCAGGCCGGAGCCCGACUACGAAGUGGUGGAGUUCCCUGCCGAGCAGUAUGUCAACGCGAAACUCCAGCCCCCGCCCCCACCGCCGCCCAGACCACAGACAGGUCACCCUACGGAGGCGGGCGCGUCGUGCGGCCUGUGCGGCGGCGGAGGGGCGCGCGUGCGCUGCGCGGAGUGCGGCAGGCGCGCGCUCUGCGCCUCCUGCGACGACAUGUACCACCGACACCCGAAGCGACGUCACCACCAGCGACAGGCGUUAUCGCAGUCCCAACUUCUUGACGAGCGUCCACCGUUACCGCCGAAGACAGGCCCGCCCGUGCCACCGCCGAGAAAACAUAAGAUCUCCGGCGACAGAUUGAGCGCAAGCCCUAGAUUGGCGACUCCGGAUCAGCGUCGUGCCACACUGACAUCGAUAUCAACCAAUGAUGUUCCCGUCCUGCACGGCCCAGCGGCGGCCAAUCCGAACCACUUCACGGCACGAGCGCAGACACACUUGCCCGCGCCGCCGCCGCCGCAUCUCGGCAGCAUGCCAUACCUGUCAGCGACCAUGCAACACGCACAAACACCUGUCGCGCCGACACACGAACAAUCCAACACACUUGGACACGUUCCUAACGCAUGGGGUCGACAACGAACAUCCCUUCCGGGAUUUGUUCCCCCCAACAUGGUGCAGCCAAUGCCAGUAGGGACAUGGGAUAAUUCAAAUGGGCCUAAUCCAACACAAUCUUGGGGGCGGCCCUUGCGGCGAGGCACCUCCGUGAUGGAGCUGGGUGUGGGGCCGCAGGGCGGCCCCGCCGGCCCCUCCUGCGCCGGCUGCCCGCACUGCCUGGCGCAGCCGUGGCGCUACGGCAGCUGCGCCAGCCUCGACCACGCCUGGGCCCCCCACGCCGCCUGGCCACACAACUACUGUCCCCCCACCCACCAACCGCACAACACAGUACACCCUGCAUAUCCGCACGCCCACCAGCACCCGCCUCAGACUCCUCAGCCAUAUCGUAGAGCGGAAAGUCGAGCAGUAUCGAGGGCGGGAUCGCGCGCUGGUUCCCGCGCGCCGUCGCCAGCGAUGAGCGUGCGAUCCCGCGCCUCACGGCGGCCUAAACACCGCACGCCGUCCCCGCCGCCCCUGCCCUCCAGCGACGCCGACUCGGAGAGCGAGUCGGAGAGCGACCACGGUCCCGCUAAGGAGCAGGAGAGUGAAGAAGACCUGCUAGGCCCGCCGCCCUCGCCGCCCAGCGCCACCUGGCAGUGCGAGCACUGCACCUUCGUCAACGAGCCCGGCGUCCGCGUGUGCGUCGUCUGCUGCCGCACUCCCACAAUCAGCCCGAGAAUUAUCAACCCGGCUACUAUACAAAACGACAUGAAGAAGCUUAAAAUAUCCGGUGACAGAUCUACAUCUGUAGUAGGAUCCAAUGGAGAUGGAAGUAUCAGUAAACACGUUACAGCAAAAGAAAAAACGAAAACGAAGAAAGAGCGUACGUCGACAGCUUGUGGACCUUCACCGCCCAGAGAGGAUCGAGCGACUCGCAAAGCUGUGAGCCAAGUGGCGACACCGGCGAGAGAGACGAGUUCCGCGGCGCCUGCACGCGCGCGACACGACAUGGCGGUCGGGCCCUCUCCUCCUAAAGAAACACAAACAAUCCCUAACUUAACACAGACUGCGACAAUCCGACCGUCGCCGAUGAGAAGUAGCACCCCACGGGAGUAUAAAACAGAAAAGCACAGUGUGUCGGUUGGUCCUUCGCCGCCACGCGAUGUCAAAGCACCAACACAACAAAACUUGUCACAGAAUUCGACAAGCAACCAAAAAAAGUCCACUGGCACGUCCCCUCCGCGGGAAACCCGAAUUGACACACCGUCGAGUCUGCUCUAUUCUACAUCGAGCCGCGCUAACGUCUCUAACACCGGUACUUCCCCGCCGCCGCAGAGUAUAUCUACGCAGACAUACGAGGUGCCCUCGGGUCGGGAGUGGGAGCGCGCUCCCUCUGUGCCGGUGUCGCGCGCGCGCCGCCGAUACCGCGAGGAGGGCCCGCGGGAGCGCUCGCACAGCCGGCACUCACUCUCUAGUGAUACACGAGAUAGCGAACGCAGCGUGCGAACAAGCGGCGGGGGAGGGGGUGGGGGCGGGGGUGGGGGCACGUUGGGUCCGGGGCGGUGGGAGUGGCGCGACCGCGAGCGUGAGCCGCGCGACAGCAGCCCGGGCGGCGAGUGGAGCGGCAGCGAGCGGCGCCGCAGCACGCGCCUCACGCGCCGCGCCUCGCACCUCGACCUGCGCCGCACGCGACCCUCGCGCCCCUCGCGACGCUCCAGUAUAUAUGGAUCUGAGGCACCGUCUCCUGAACCAUUUACCGGGAACAGGGCAGUAUCCCUCGAAGCUCUAGCGGGUGCGGGCGCCCGGCGAGAAACCGAAAGAGGGUUAGAACUAGCGAGGCUAAUGGGUGAAGCUGAAAAGCUCGGAUUUAGUGCGGCGGAAGUGCACGCAGCUUUAGCCCAGAACCCCGCGGCACCCAUUGCGUGGCUGAGGGAACGCUGGCCGAGCCUGUGCGCGGGCGUGCGCGCGGCUGCAGUGCGCCUCGCCCCGGGCGCAGUUAUCAGCGAGCGCGACGCUAGAACAGCAUUGGCCCGCCAUCGCGGCGCCAUGUGGCCCGCUGUCACCGAUUGCGUUGAAAAGUGGCGACGACAGACGGAAUCGUUAGGUCUGGGAAGUGAAGGUCGUCUGCGAGGACACGUAUGGGGUUCACCGACCGGUGUGGAGGACGACGCGGCUCCUCCGAUGGACCGCUCACACCGCAUUCGCGCCGAAGAAAGUUCAGAUGAAUAUGAAAUCAGCCCAGCCGUGAUUCAAGAUGACGACUGGAUGUAUUUACCUCUAGAAAACGUCAAUAACAGUUAUUAUGAAAAUUAUCCUACAAACGAACAAAUAGACUCCCCAAAUCCCGAAACAGAAGACAUAGCGUUAAAGUUAAAAUCCCUCCUAAUACAAGCUGGAAUUCCUAAUAUUAAUGAGCAACUGUUAUUGAAAGGGUUAUUGGCGAAUCAGAGAAAUACUGAAAUGGACACGCACUCAAAUACACAAAAUACCGAUAAUAAUCUAAAACAAAAUUCUAACGACUUUGUUCAAUCAGAAAAUGAUUUCAUAGAUGCUUAUAAUGCUUUAACUAGAUUAAGUCCAUUACCUAAUAUAAGUAAACCAAAUGACAUUGCACACACUGAACUGGAAUCUAAUGAUAAUAAAGAUAGUGAAACUGUUUUGAAAGAACAAGUAAAUACCCACGACUCCAAUAAAAAUAACAAACCACGAAAAAACACAAAAUCUAUACCAUCAGAACAAAUUUUAAAAACGACACAAAAUCAUCCACAAACACAACAGUUGACUAAAGACAAUCAAAAUGAGUCUGUUGAGAAAAUUCCACAACACAAACAUGUAACCAAAGUCAAUUUACAACCAAAAGUAAAAACGUCGAAAUCACCGAAAAGAACUACUGCGAAACAAAAUCAGCGGGUCAAGAAGAAACUGGAAUCCAGUGAUAGUGAAACGCACGAAGAUGAAGAAAAGCGAAACAAUUUAAGUGAUAUGGUUGAUAAUACACAGAGGAUAAUACAACAAAUGAAAAAAGAACUAAAUUCCGACAUGAACUCACUCGAUAGCAGAAGUAACAGUAGAAGCGAGAAUGAUAUUAGCUCUAAUGAUUCUGAAUCAUCAUCAGAGAAAGAGUCGUCAUAUAAUGAGAGAUCGGAGAGUGAAUCGGAAGACAUAUCUUCUGAUGAUAGUGAAGGUGUAACGUCUAAAACAGAAAACAAUAAUAUGGUGAAGGCGACAACGGUUACCCGAACGAGUUCUGAAGAUAAUGAGCAAUUUGAAGAAGCUAUUGAUCAUUUAGAAAUUGAAAUUGAGAACACAAUUCCACAAAUUGACAAUUUAGAAAAUCCACAUUUAGACUUUCAACAAAGAAACAUAGAAAUUUUAGAUUCAAUAGCAAAAAGUUUGCAAGAAGAAUAUUCAUCGGUGCAAGACCAACACAUAAAUAUGCCUCGAAAUGACCAUCAAGAUUUAAAUAAUAACUUAUUCAAUACUGUAAAUUCUUUUGAAGAAAUUUAUGAACAACUAACUGAAAGCAAUAAUUCAACAAACGGUAAUACAGAACAACCAACCAAGUCAAUUGAAAUUGAUAAUGCUGCACAUUAUUCCGUAAUUCAGAAAUCCUAUUACAAUAAACAAGAAGUAAAAUUUGUUACGUUCAAUCCACAAACUGCGAAUGCAUAUUUACUUUCAGAUAACAAUGUAACGUUACAUAAUGCAAUUAUUGAAGAUAUUAAUAACGAAAUAGAGAUUAAUGUCUAUGAUUCAUUAAAUAGCACUGUUGCUAGUGAAAUAUUAGAUUCAAAUGAAUAUCAAUCUGAAGAUAAUUCUAUGGGACCAAAUGAACCAAAAGAUAAUAACAUUAUAAUAAACCAUAACUCAAAAGAACAUGAAACUUUUACAGAGAAUGUUAUGAAUUCGAGAACAUCUGUAGAUAAUACAUACAUAUCCACUCCACCUGACAAUAAUUCUACCCACACAGAGAACAUUGAAAAAAUAGAAGACUAUGAAUUAGAACUUAAUUCAAACAUUAAAGAAAAAAAUGAAACUGAAGUAACGGACAAGAUAACCAAAAAAGAUAGUAAGUUGGAUGAUUCAGAAAACACAACGGUAAAUAAUAAAAAUAUUCCAAAUACAAACCCUAGUAAGGAUGGGACACGAGUUAAGACCAACUCAUCAUCAAAUAAAGGUAUUUUUAACAGAUCAAACAUACCUAAAUUAGUAAAAGCUUUGCAAAAUAAUAAAUUAAAAGUUGAAAAAACUACUCCAAAAGUUUUAGGAUCGAAAGUGCCAGUACGACGUACGUCAAUUAAACACUAUCCUGCACCAGCCCCCCCUAAUGGACAUUUUGGAAAUGUUCAAAAUGGAAAUGUGAAGCAGUUACAAACUAAAUUAUUUAAUAACAAAGUUCAAAAUUCAACAAACAUGUCGACUGAGGUAGAAGUGAAGCCAUCGACAUCAGCAACGUCCACACUUAGUAAGAAAAAGCCAGCUCCGCUGCCACCAACCACCAACCACGUGGAACGCAAACUUGAAACUCCUACGGAAGAAGUGCAGGAUAAGGAAAAGGAACAUUAUUUCCGCGAAACUUGUCGCACAGAAGACGAGUGGACGGACAGUGACGCAGAGGAACCUCAAAUACCCGUUUCAAAGGAAAACAACGAACCGGAAGCGGUUCCCGUAUCACCACCUCCUCCCAUUACAAUGCGCCGCGUGUCAGGUCAAUUAGUUGACUUAGCUACGAUACGGCUACCCGAAGGUUCACCAGAGAGGCAAGCACGUAUGUUACUGGCAGAAGGAGCAACAGAAAAUUGGGAACAAGCUCAAUUAGCCGUAGAAUUAAUAAAGAGAGGGAUAAAUCCUCCUUCGGCUCUUCUGGCCGCUUUAGAAUGUGUCGAUCUUGACUCCGCUCUAGCGUACUUACAACAAGAUUGUGAAUUAUGCGCAUCGAGAUUACCUGAAUACGAAAUGGUGUCAAUGUUGCGUUGUACUCACAGAUGCUGUAGAGAGUGCGCGCGUCAUUACUUCACAGUGCAGAUAACAGAGCGUAGCAUAGCUGACUGCGUGUGUCCGUAUUGCAAGGAGCCGGAACUGGAGAACCUGCCUGAAGAUGCAUGGCUAGAAUAUUUUGCACAUUUGGAUAUAUUGUUAAAGACAUUACUUAACACUGAUGUACACGAACUAUUUCAGAGAAAGCUAAGAGACAGAACUCUCGCUCGUGAUCCAAACUUCAAAUGGUGCGUGGAAUGUUCUUCUGGGUUCUUUGUACAUCCGAAACAAAAGAAAUUACGAUGUCCAGAGUGCAGAUCUGUGAGCUGCGCUUCCUGCAGAAAACCGUGGUCUUCAAAUCACGAGGGACUUACGUGUGAACAGUACACAAAGUGGUUGGAUGACAACGACCCCGAAAGGUCGGUGGCGGCUGUGCAGCAACAUCUCAGAGAAAACGGGCUCGAGUGUCCGCGGUGUCAUUUCAAAUAUUCACUCUCUAGAGGUGGGUGUAUGCACUUCACAUGCACGCAAUGCAAAUACGAAUUCUGCUACGGAUGUGGCAAGCCGUUCAUGAUGGGCGCGCGCUGUGGGCUCAGCGAGUACUGCGCCAAGCUGGGUCUGCACGCCCACCAUCCUCGUAACUGCCUCUUCUACUUGCGAGACAAAGAACCACACGAACUACAAACUCUGCUACAGAUGAACAACGUUACUUACGAAACAGAACCAGGUCCGGGCAGCACGGGCCGUUGCCCCGUACAAUUGCAGAGGGAAACUCCAACUGGCCUCGUUGAUGGUGCUUGCGGAAGCGAAUCCUCACCGAAUAAUGCUGGACUUUGCAAGAAUCAUUACUUGGAGUAUCUGAGCCGGCUGGUGAGAAGCCGGGAAGUCGACCCGCUGCCCAUCCUCGGCGUGGACGAUCUCGAAACUCUGGUCCGGCGCGCGGCGUUGCGUCUUCCGCCGCGGCCCUACGGCACACUAGAGGGUCUCUACAAGAGGGGCCUUAUCGAGAUCGUGCGAGAGAAGAUUCCCCUCGAUUAGAAAAAUUAUACAAGCCUAAACUUCACAUUCGAAUUUUGAUAAAGUUUUAUAAAGAGAAAUAAAUUAUUAUGGACUUGAAUAUUGCAUUAUAAGCAUCCUUACUUUAUAGUUAUUACAAAAACCUUUUUUACCAACAACAUAAUGAUUAGGAGUGGAUUUUUAAU